AUGCUUAUGUACCCACGUAAGGGUCUCAUCACCGAUCCACUCAAUCCAGAGGAUAUCAUCAUACAAGACGAUCAGUUUCCCGAGUUCUUCGAGAGCUCCCUUCAGUACCAACAGCACCAGCACCAGCAACAAGAAGACCAACAGUCCCAGGCCUACCUGCAAGCUCCUUUCGACUUCCAGCCCAACCACUUGAAUCGCCUUCAUCACCUCGGCCAGUUCGCCUCUCCGCCCUCCUCCGCCCCUUCUUCCCCCACCUUCUCCUCCCCCACCUUCUCUAUCCCCUAUCCUCCGGCGACGGCGACCGACAGUCAGUCUUACGGGGCUCCUUCAAUGACCCCCGCGUCCUCCUACAACCCGUCCUUUGACAUUCAGGGUUCCGCCUCGCCUGCUUCACAAUACCUCCCCCAAUAUCACUCUUCAUACUAUACGCCCAUGUUGGCUCAACAACCCAUUGCCAGCAACCAAGGUUGGGAUAACAACCUGCAGCUGCUGAGCCCCGCCCGCAUUGCCUUCCCUCAGAAGGCCUCCCCCGGCUCUGCCUCUUCUCGCUCAGCGCACUCGCACUCCAUCUCCCCGAACGGUCACCAACGAUCCCACAGCUCAUCCAAGCCGCUGCCCACACCUGUGCAAACACCGAUUCAGAACUCUUUUCUGGCCGCACCCUUCCAGACUUACGACCCAUUGACCCAAGAUGGGAGUGUGGAGGUGGAGUCUGUGAUGAGAAAGGCCAUUCUGGAUCAACAGCAGAAGCACCAGCAAUCUCCCCCGCAGCAGCAACAGAGUGACUACUCCCUGGCCCCCUCGGUGUCGACGGUGAGCCAUAACUCGCCCGUGACCCCCCAGACCAGCCUGGAUGAGCUCGACGAGUCCAAGGCGAUGACCACUGGUGAGAACCGAGUUCCUGCUCUCUUCUGGCCCCUGGAUGACUACUUACCCUGCGAUGUGCUUCCAGAUUACAACAGCAACAACAGUGGCAUGAUCGGUAUUCCCAAGCUAAAUCGCACCAUUUCCGACAUUUACCAAGACGAACUCUACCAGCCCACGAUCAUGGCGGCUCCCCAGAUGCAGAAGCCAAUGGGCCAGAAUCUCCUGGCCCCGCGAAAUGUCAUCGCCGACCGCCUGCAAGCCGCCAACCAAGGCCACAUGUCCGCUCGAUCAGGAUCGCCUGCGAUGGGCAUGCGUCGGGAUCGCUCCCCCUUCCGCCAAAACUCUCCGUUUGCUGCCGACCUGAGCCAAAUGGCCACCAGUGUCCCCAUGCCGCAGAACGUCAUGAGCAUGGCCUCCUCGGCCGCCCCUCAGACUGACCUCAAGACUAUGUCUCCUAAGGACGCCCUCCUGGAUUUGGACGAAAGUGCUGAUACUGCGAUGCCCACCAUGUUCCCUCCUCAGGGCGACUUCAACCUGGGGGAUGCUCUGGGACUCCGCCGUGAGAGCUCAGGCUCUAUGCGCCCCUCGCAGGCUAUGUCCUCCAUGGAGGCUUUCCCCAGCCAAUACGCGACGACGGUGCCCCAAGCGGCCACCCUCAACUUCCAGCGCCCGCAAGCCAACUUGCUCCAGCAGACCCCCGACUUCCCGGCCUCGCUGUCCCGGUUGGAAUCGACCGGCAGCGACCUACAGUCGGGUGAGUUGACCCCGCAAGGCAAGGUUUCCGUGCCGGACGUGCUUGCUCGCCCCAGCAACACCUCCUCGGAUGCUGGCACCUACACUUGCACCUAUCACGGCUGCACACUCCGAUUUGAGACCCCGGCCAAGCUCCAGCGCCACAAGCGGGAGGCACAUCGUCAGACCACCCCUGGUGGUCAUUUGAUUACUCGCGAUACCUCGCUGCGCAAUUCGCAGGCUGGCCCGCACCGCUGCGAGCGCAUCAACCCCUCUACUGGAAAGCCCUGCAAUUCGAUCUUCUCCCGGCCCUACGAUUUGACUCGCCAUGAGGAUACGAUCCACAAUGCGCGCAAGCAGAAGGUCCGCUGCCAUCUGUGCACGGAAGAAAAGACAUUUAGCCGCAACGAUGCGCUGACGCGACACAUGCGAGUGGUUCAUCCGGAAGUUGAUUGGCCAGGCAAGCAGCGUCGCCGGGGAAGAGACUGA